AUGUCUCUUAAAUACGUUUCCAGUUACUUGCUCGCUGUUGCCAGCGGCAACGAAAACCCCAGCGUCGCUGACCUUAGGAGGAUUCUUGACGCUGUAGGAUCAGAGGUCGAUGAAGAAUGUCUUGAGGGACUUGUAGAGGCCAUGAGCGGCAAGACCGUACACGAGACGAUCGCAGCCGGUAUGACCAAACUCCAAAGCAUGCCUGCCGGUGGAGUUGCAGCCCCUGCCGCAGCUGGAGCUGCCGCCGCUGCUGGUGAAGCCAAGGAAGAGGCCAAGAAGCCCGAACCAGAGCCAGAGGAGGAAGAAGACGACAUGGGUUUCUCACUUUUCGACUAA